AGAAGAACAAAACAGCUGGAACACAAUUACCUGCAAAUUCCCCUCUAAGACUUUUGCCAUCCUGACUUGAAACUAUUCUUUCACUGUAAUUGUGUUCAGAACAUGGAACUCCUCCAGAACAAGCACUGCGUAGAGUAUGUGGUCGGCAGUGGCUCAAGAUGGCUCAGGUUAUCCGUGUGUUCAAAUCUCACUGUUACAUUUCUGGCAUAAUCGGCAGGACUCAACAGCACAGGCAUCAAAUCAUGCCAAUAAGGUUGACGUGGGAUGUGAGCAUCAAUAGCUGGGCCAGCAUUUAUUGCUCAUCCCUCAUUACUCUUGGGAGGAUGGCGGUGAACUGCCUUGUUGAACUACUGCAGUCCAUUUAGUGCAGGCCAAGCCAAUUUAAACAUUUUGUCCCAAAGCUAGCCAGGAGCGCAUUCAAAGUCCGAAGCUCAAUUUUAUUUUGAAGCCUUUCUUUCAAUUACUGCAGUCCCUUAAAAGCUGUUUAAAAUGAAGUGCAUUGUCUGUAUUGGGCUAUUUAUAUUUCUCGUCCUGAACAUCCUGACUGAUGCCAGUGUAAUCCGACAGUCAGAUGCUCACCAUGUGGAAAAACGAAGCCCACCUUAUUGGCCUUACUCCACCACUGAUUUCUGGAGAUAUGUGGAGUAUUUCCGAAGCAUUGGAGACUAUGAAAAGAUCCAGCAACUGGCACACACUUUCUUUGCUCAUUUCCCUAUAGGGAAUACUAUGGGCUACGACACUCCAGAGCAACAAGAAGUACAAAAAGAAGUACAAGUCGAGAUUGCAAAGGAAGCACAUGAAUAGGGAAGAAAAGAUACAAUGAGUGGGUACCAUUUGGUUUAACAUGUAAACAAGUAGAAUUACAGUGAACUGAAUUAUAACUGAAUUAUUGUAACAUUAUAAUCUGCUUUAUCUAUCUGUUGCAUCUAAAUAGGGACUAAUUGUAUGAUUCCUUAUAUAUAAUCCCAUUCCAGAAUUUGCUUGCAUUGUAUUAAAAGCUUCUCUUAAUUUAUGCAUCCUCAUUUUAGUUUGGAAAGAAAUGGUUUGUUUUAGUUUUUGUCACAUAAAAUUGUAAUGUUUUAAUGUAUAUGAUGGGGAGGGGAGAUUGUUGGAAUAGUUGGUCACUUAUAUGGAUUGUUCAAAUGGGCCUAAUUUCUUUUUAAACAUGCAAUGUCAUAAAUUAAGAGUUUACUGUGCAUAGGCUGAUUUAUGUCUACAUGACUCGAUGAAUUAAAGCACAAGUGCCUAUUGAAUCGGAGUAUAAUUAUGCAUUUUAUUGUAAAGAGAAAACCAGCAAUUCUCUAAUUUCUUUAUUUUAAAUAGAAGGAUGGUUCCCUUUCAUUAUAUAGAACGGGAUUUGAUUUGCUAAAGAACUACAUUUGGGAUUUGGUGACAUUGGAAACUAUACUACAACCACAAUAUACAUAUUAAAUUAUCUGUACGUGAAACAAGUGCAAACUAAAUGCCCUCAAUUCUUGAUAUCUAUUCACCAACCAUUGUACAAUUUAGUUGGAUA